GGUGGCUAGAUCUACACGUUUAGCACCAUGGGAGCCAACGUCGAAGCGAGUGUGCUUUUGGUCAAGCUUUUCCUGACUGGAAUCGUAGGAGGGGUUACUGUUUUGACCACAGGCGAAGAACCCAACUACUUCCAGUACUACCACCAGGAGCACCCAGUCAGCUAUGACAACCUCCAGUACUUGCACAGCGCGCCGAACUACAUCACCAACCCCAUAGUCGACAACUAUGAAGUACUACCAGCUAAGAAACUAGAUUAUAGUAACGACAAACUCAUCUAUGAUGCCGACCACAGAGAAGACUAUUAUGACGAAGACGACAAACACCUGAUGCAAAGGUACGACUUCAAGAAAAACAAAAAGGAAGUCCACUACCAUAAACACAAACACGUUCAUGAGCACAACCAUAAACAAGAACACGUUCAUAAACACAAACAGGAACAUAAGCAUGGUCACAAGCAUGGGCACAACCAUGGCGACAAACACUCGCAUCAGCACGCCGGGCAACAUCAACACAGUCACCAACAUAGUGGCCAGCACCAGCACCAAGACCUCCACAAGCACGCCCAUCAUGGUGACCAUAAACACGAACACCGGGCUGAACAUAGCCACGGGCAUCAGCAUGGUCAUAAGCAUGAACAUAAGCAAGAGCAUUCGCAUGACCAUGGUCACAACGGUUCGCACGGUCAUGACCACCACCAUGGCCACAGCCACCACCACUCCCACGGUCAUAAACAAGACCACAAACACAGCCACCACCACGACGGGUACCACAAGCAUGGCCACCAACAUAAGCAUGGCCACGGUGGCCACCACGACCACAAGCAUAGCCACUCACAUGUCAAGCAUCAUUAGUCUCUGUAGUCGUUAUUGUUGUUGUUGGAAUUUUAACCCAAAUUAAACGUUUUAUUAGUUU